UUAAUUGUUUAGCAAUCUAAAAACUUUGUUAUUGUUUUUUUUUGUUGAAGCUGUUGCCCUAAAGUGAUGAGAUUGGCGAGAGAAGAGGGAGGUUUUAACUGGGGAUUAAUGUUUGAAGCUGCCUGCACGUUGACUUUGCAUUUUUUUUCUCUCUCGACCCGCAAUAAAUAUUUCUUCAAAUUGCCAAAGGAUAGGACUCCUUACGCCCUACCCUAUAUAAAUCUCCUCGAUUCCAUAACAAUCUUUCAGCCCAAGUGAUCCAAAAAAGAAGAUUAAUACACACAUCAAAGCUGGCAGGUUGGAAAAGCAGCAGCGGCGCCACUAGCAGAGCAAGAUUUUGAAAAUGCUUUCAAGGAGUACCAGUACUCCUUGCUUCCCGAAAGUCUCGUCACAAGGGCUGCAGAUGUACUCUAUGACGGCCGAAGAGGUUGCUUCUUCCUCUCUUGAUGCAAACUCGGGCUCAGAUUCUCAUCGAAACUCUCUUCUCUGCAGUUUCUCCAUUCUCAAGGACAAGGUUCAUCAGGUGCAGUCCCUGAUCAGCAUCCUCAUCUCCCCAAAUCACAGCCAAACCGAAUCUUCAACAUGCUUAGCCACAGCCACCGUGAAUACUGUAAUCCAAGAAAUUAUCAUGACAGCUUCCUCAAUAAUGUUCACUUGCCAACAAAUGGCUCUUGGUUCUACGUCCGGUUGCACUAGCAACGAUGAAAUAUUGUACGGCCAGCAGCAGCGUCAAAGUGGAUUUCCUCAACCAAACUUUGGCGGAAACAGUAAUACUGUUGGAAACAUAGGCCAAGAAAGAGAGCAAACACAGCGAAGCUUCUACACUGGUGACACGCUUGAUAAUUGGGAUGCUGAAACCUGUAAUGUUUUCGGGAAUAUUAAGGAUGAUAAUCGAAGUGUCAUCGUUGGAAACAACAGAGUGGAAGGAAGAUCAUCAGAAGUGCCUCAAGUAAUGGGAGUUACUAAUAACGAAUUAGCAUUCAUAAAAGUGCUUUCAUCAAAGAGUGAUGAUAUCAUUGAAUUGGAGGCUGCCGAUUUGUUGGCUAAGUACACACAUUAUUGCAAAGUUUGCGCAAAAGGGUUCAAGAGAGACGCCAACUUGCGAAUGCACAUGAGGGCUCACGGAGACGAAUACAAGACCAGUGCUGCUCUAAGCAACCCCAUGAAGAAUGAAAGCACGUCGGAUAACAAGGAGGGUUCGACUAUAUUUCCGAGGAAAUAUUCGUGUCCACAAGAAGGGUGCAGGUGGAAUCGAAAGCAUGCGAAGUUCCAGCCUCUGAAGUCCCUGGUUUGCGUGAAGAAUCACUACAAGAGGAGCCAUUGCCCGAAGUUGUACGUUUGCAAGAGAUGCAGCCAGAAGCAGUUCUCGGUGCUAUCUGAUCUACGAACACACGAGAAGCACUGCGGGGAUGAUCAGAAGUGGCAGUGCUCAUGUGGGACAACAUUUUCACGGAAAGACAAACUCAUGGGUCAUGUUGCUUUGUUUAUUGGGCACACGCCGGCAAUUACGUCAUUGACCAAGCUGGAGAAAAUGGAGCCUCAGGCCCUCAAGCAGUGCAGAUAAUGUAAAAUAUCAUGAAUAGCUGAUCAUAGGAAAAAAUAAUCAAUCUGGUACGUAACGAUCCGAUAUUCGAAUAAGAGUUGCUUUCCUUAUGUCGAUUUGCUAUAUGCUUAACUUGAUAUAAUAUAGCACUUACUGAAGCUA